UAAAAAUCUUGAAUAAACUUCACUUCCUACUGGGUGGCUGUUUUUUCAGCCCAUCUGUCAAAGAGCAAAGCCUCCAGCUUGAUACUAUCUAUUUCUUUCUUCAGAAGAAGGCCAAGAUUAAUCCUUGACUGGAAAAUGAGGUGGCUAUGAGGUGCAGAGCAGCUGCAUUUCAUCCCAGGCCCCAUUGGCUGCAUAGUCCAAGCUGGUGGGCCCGCUUAGGCCUGUGGUUGGAGCCCUAUUUUUGACUUAAUGUCAUCUAAACUGGUUCAGUUUGCAAAAAUUUACCCUCAAUCAAGCUAGCCCCAUGCUAAACAAAUUUGAAAUAGUCAGUAGCUAGGAUGUGGCUAUUUCUUGUAAUAGCAUGCUUAAUCCAGCAGACUGAAAAUUCAGAAGGAUCUGUAAGCCAUUUAAAUCCUCAAGAAUUCAUGACGAUUAUAAUAUUUUAUUUGCAGCCUCAAAUUAUCCAGUACUGGGGAUAUUCCAGUGAAGAAUAUGAAGUCCUGACUGAUGAUGGCUAUUAUCUUAAGUUAAACAGAAUUAUUUCUGGAAAACAUUUUCCUCAUCUGACAGGGCCUAAGCCAGUUGUUUUAUUAGUACAUGGUUUGUUGUUUGAAGGGAGAUGUUGGAUUGCAAAUCUUCCCAGCAACAGUCUGGGAUUUUUUCUAUCAGAUGCUGGCUAUGAUGUCUGGAUAGUAAAUAUCAGAGGGACCACGUGGUCUAGAAGCCACCAGAAAUUUUCAGUUGACCAGCAAGAAUUCUGGGAAUUCAGUUUUCAUGAAAUGGCCAUAUAUGAUAUCCCAGCAACUAUAGCAUUCAUUCUGCAGAAAACAAAGCAAAAUAGAUUAUAUUACUUUGGCCAUGGCCAGGGAGGAACACUAGGAUUUAUUGCCUUUUCACUCCUGCCUCACCUAGCACAAAAAGUGAAACUCUUUCUGUGUUUUACUCCUGCUUACACAUUAAGGGGUAUUACAGGACUUCCCAAAGCACUGGGGAAAAUUCCUGCUGGACUAAGAAAACUAAUAUGGGGCAAGAAGAAAUAUUAUCUUUUAAGUAACAGAUUAAAAGCCUUCCUGGCCUAUGGAUGUAGCCAUGCCAUGUUUGAUAAGCUUUGCCUUCAAGGUAUUUUCUUUAUGGGAGGAUAUAAUGCAAAAAACCUAAAUACAAGUCGAGCAGACGUUUAUGUUGGAAUUUUUCCUGAUUUCACAUCUGUUAAAACAUUAUCCCAUUGGGGACAGGUUAUUUAUUCCAAGGAAUUUAAAUAUUUUGAUCAUGGGAAAAAGAACAAAGCCAUAUAUAACAGAACAAAACCUCCAUUUUAUAAAAUUGAAGAUGUUACAAUACCAGUAGCUGUGUGGAGUGGAGGAAGGGAUAUUGUUGCAACAAAAAAAGAUGUCGAAUUAAUGACUUCUCAAAUCACUCAUUUGGUUUUCUAUAAGAAUAUUCCUGACUGGCAACAUAUGGAUCCUAUCUUGGGCCUAGAUAUUCCACAACAGCUAUAUAAUGAUAUACGUAAACUAAUGCAGAAGUACUAGGUUUAAUUUUAGAGGUGGAACCUAAAAGGAAAAAGCAAGAUCUUAAAGCAUUCAUGUAUUUUUGCCAUGAAUUCUUCAAAUCUAAUGUUUAAACUAUAUUGAAAAAUAUGUCAUAAAUUAAGUUUUAAAGUUAAUUAAGCUAUGUUAUACCUGUACUCAAAGUUAUAUGCAUGCAAACAUGUACAUUUCCUGGUCUAAAUAACAUGAAGUUCCAGGAAACCUUAGAUUGGCCAGAAAGGUUAAUUUGGAAAAAGUAGUUUAAACUGUAUGAAAGCAGAUGGUUCUGCUUUCUGUUGAACAGUUAGCUGGUAUUUCUUAACAUUUGAUGAGCAUUUUACUCAUUUGAAUUUUACUUGUAUUUGUGAUAUUAAAUUCUUGUUCCAUUUA